AUGACUUUAAACGCUUUUGGCAUUUCAUCCACCCUUUUUCUAAUCUUGUAUGCACUUUUGUUCAUCUUUUUGAUGUUCAAUUAUGCAACAAAGCGAUUCACACUUCGAAGCAGAUGGAGCUUAAUUUUAUUCCAUGUCACUCUUCGAUUAGCAGCUCAAUCUGUCGGUUUGGCAUUCUCUUUGAUCGGUUUCAAAGCAGUUUCUCUCCUUAUUGCUUCUUUGGUUCUUUCUGCAGAAGGGUAUUUUUCGCUGGUCUUAUGUGUGACCAGAUUAUUGAUUUCUUGGCAAAGGCAUUAUUUGCCCGAAAAACAUUCAUGCAUCAUUCGUUCACCAAUAAAUGCUAUCCAUUGGAUCCUUAACGCUGGAAACGUCUUAAUUAUCACGGGUGGGAAUUUCUUGGCCAGCGGAAAAGGAGAUUCAGCAUCAGAGAAUUGGAACACAAAUACCCAUCUAACAGCUUCUAAAAUCAUGCGUGGAACUGGACAAGGCAUAUGUCUGGCAACGGCAAUAUUUUUGUAUGGAUGUUUGUUCUUCACAUUGCGUCGUGCACAUAGCCGCAAUGCAACCAAGGAAGAAGUUCAAGCUAGAAUCGUUUUAGUAAUUUUGGCAAUCACUUUUCCCUUUAUGAUGAUUCGGGGCGUUUUCGGAAUCUUGCAAGGCGUGAUUGAUUCUUUGAACUAUUAUUACCCUGGCAUCUACAAUUCUGACGGUUUCACCAGCGAUUUUGUCGUGAAAGAGGCCGUUCUAACAACAAUGACUGAAUGGUGUACAUGCACAUUAUUAUUAUCCACAAGCUUGUUGCGUGCUACGAAGAAAGAAUCACAACACACAAGCACUGAUGAGGAUGACCACGAAGAAGAAGGAGCAGUCAAAUCCGAUGCAGAGGAAAAAUGA